AUAAAAAGAAGUGCUCUUCAGUGCAACACAUCUCUGGAGGCCGCUUAAGCCAGCCUCUGUGUUAGUCAUCACUAUACUCACAGGCUUGGAGCCAGUGCCAUUCACACUUCCCCCUCUUCUGCAGCAGACGGACUGAGUUCCUCUAAUCCCUGUGUUCCUUCUCCCCCAUCUUUCUAAAACCCUUCUCUGAGAGAGGAAUAACUAUAGCUUCGGGGAUAAUAUAGCUUUAAGGAAAUUUUGGCAGAUGUGGACGUCGUAACAUCUGGGCAGUGUUAACAGAAUCCCGGAGGCCGGGACAGACCAGGAGCCACUCGUUCUAGGAAUGUUAAAGUAGAAGGUUUUUUCCAAUUGAUGAGAGGAGCAGAGAGGAAGGAGAAAGAGGAGGAGAGAGAAAAAGGGCACAAAAUACCAUAAAACAGAUCCCAUAUUUCUGCUUCCCCUCACUUUUGGAAGUUAAUUGAUAGCUGACUUCUGAAAGUCACUUUCCUUUGCCCUGGCACUUCAGGCCAUAUACAUCUUUUCUUGUCUCCAUAAUCCUCCCUUUCAAGGAUGGCCAGUCAACUAACUCAAAGAGGAGCUUUCUCUCUGCUGUUCUUUCUAACUCCGGCAGUGACACCAACGUGGUAUGCAGGUUCUGGCUACUAUCCGGAUGAAAGCUACAAUGAAGUAUAUGCAGAGGAGGUCCCACAGGCUCCUGCCCUGGACUACCGAGUCCCCCGAUGGUGUUACACAUUAAAUAUCCAGGAUGGAGAAGCCACAUGCUACUCACCGAGGGGAGGAAAUUAUCACAGCAGCCUGGGCACGCGUUGUGAGCUUUCCUGUGACCGGGGCUUUCGAUUGAUUGGAAGGAGGUCGGUGCAAUGCCUGCCAAGUCGUCGUUGGUCUGGAACUGCCUACUGUAGGCAGAUGAGAUGCCACGCACUACCAUUCAUCACUAGUGGCACUUACACCUGCACAAAUGGAGUGCUUCUUGACUCUCGCUGUGACUACAGCUGUUCCAGUGGCUACCACCUGGAAGGUGAUCGCAGCCGAAUCUGCAUGGAAGAUGGGAGAUGGAGUGGAGGCGAGCCUGUAUGUGUAGACAUAGAUCCCCCCAAGAUCCGCUGUCCCCACUCACGUGAGAAGAUGGCAGAGCCAGAGAAAUUGACUGCUCGAGUAUACUGGGACCCACCGUUGGUGAAAGAUUCUGCUGAUGGUACCAUCACCAGGGUGACACUUCGGGGCCCUGAGCCUGGCUCUCACUUUCCCGAAGGAGAGCAUGUGAUUCGUUACACUGCCUAUGACCGAGCCUACAACCGGGCCAGCUGCAAGUUCAUUGUGAAAGUACAAGUGAGACGCUGCCCAACUCUGAAACCUCCGCAGCACGGCUACCUCACCUGCACCUCAGCGGGGGACAACUAUGGUGCCACCUGUGAAUACCACUGUGAUGGCGGUUAUGAUCGCCAGGGGACACCCUCCCGGGUCUGUCAGUCCAGCCGCCAGUGGUCAGGUUCACCACCAAUCUGUGCUCCUAUGAAGAUUAACGUCAACGUCAACUCAGCUGCUGGUCUCUUGGAUCAAUUCUAUGAGAAACAGCGACUCCUCAUCAUCUCAGCUCCUGAUCCUUCCAACCGAUAUUAUAAAAUGCAGAUCUCUAUGCUACAGCAAUCCACCUGUGGACUGGAUUUGCGGCAUGUGACCAUCAUUGAACUGGUAGGACAGCCACCUCAGGAGGUGGGGCGCAUCCGGGAGCAACAGCUGUCAGCCAACAUCAUCGAGGAGCUCAGGCAAUUUCAGCGCCUCACUCGCUCCUACUUCAACAUGGUGUUGAUUGACAAGCAGGGUAUUGACCGAGACCGCUACAUGGAACCUGUCACCCCCGAGGAAAUCUUCACAUUCAUUGAUGACUACCUACUGAGCAAUCAGGAGUUGACCCAGCGUCGGGAGCAAAGGGACAUAUGCGAGUGAACUUGAGCCAGGGCAUGUUUAAAGUCAAGGGAAAAGCUCCUCUAGUUAGCUGAAACUGGGACCUAAUAAAAGGAGGAAAUGUUUUCCCACAGUUCUAGGGACAGGACUCUGAGGUGGGUGAGUUUGCCAAAUCCUGCAGUGUUUCCAGGCAUCCUUUUAGGGCUGUGUAAUAGUUUCCCUAGAAGCUAGGUAGGGACUGAGGACAGGCCUUGGGCAGUGGGUUGGGGGUAGAAGUUCUUCCUUUCCUAACCGGGGCCCCUGCCCAGCUCUCGAAAGUCUUUCAGAAAAGUAAAUCCUAAAUUCACUGAC